GUGAAAUGUAUCGAGGAACGAUGAAAUGCAAAGUCAAACUAUCAAAAAAUGACAAUAGACAGAGCUGCUCAUUGUACACUGACAUGCAGUAUUAGCCAUUUUGUUGAAGAUGAUCUAUCAGCUACCCUUGAGGCGAAGAGCGUGACUACGAAGGCUGAGCAGCACAUCUUUGAGUUUUUCUGUGGCCUCCGCAUCAAUCAAGUUGCCGUUGCUGUCGAAUUUGGCAGGAGGAGCGAAUGCGUUCAAGAAGAACUCGGGUUUGUUGAUGAAAUGGAGGUCAAGGUAGACACCAAUCUGGCGAAGAUGGUAAUGUGAUCUCCCACCGCCAAAACCACCCCCGGCACUCACAAUUGCAGCAGCCUUGCCACCCCAGCAGUUGGGAGUUCUCGACGCCCAAUCAAUUGCAUUCUUCAGUGGCGCUGGAGCCAGAAUAUCAGACAAGACGUUAUGGUUUACAUAAUAAAUAAUAUAAUAUAUAUAAUAAUUAAAUUUUUUAAUCCAAGUAGUUCAUUUAUACAAAAAAGUUAACCACUCGUAUAAGUUUUAUUUUCAUAAACAACCAUGCCUGUUGUGUCCCACAAAUGAUUAAUCGUAACUGGGCACCGACUAUAGAUUGGUAUGACGUUAUGAGUAGGAAUGGCUAUGGGUCGGGUUGAGUUGGGUUGGGUCAAAUCAAAACCCAAACUCAUGGGUUUAUCCGUAAAAAAAAAAAAAAAAAAAAACUCAGGGUAAAACCUAUUGGGUUUUUGAAAAACUUAAACCCAACCCGUUGGGUAUCCCCGGGUUCAUAGGUACCCGUGGGUUUGUGUUGUAAAAAAUUCACAAUAACAAGUUUCUAUCAAAAUAAAGUCAAACAUAAAUUUCCUCAUACAAAUUACCCAUACAUAAAACACUAGUUUAGAAAAUUCAAACAAAUCACAACUACACUAAAUAAAAGCACACAAUUCUU